AUGGCUCUAAGCCGCCAGUCCCUCUCGCCUACUUCCAACCUCCUCCGGAAUUCUCGCCUCUUCUCGCUGCCCAACCCACUUGCUCGACCGCCCGUGAGCGACACCUACGGCGCGGGCAUCUCCAAGUCCUCCGACACCGCGACCCUGCCAUACCCGACCCACCAAGCGAUUGCAACGACAAAGUCCUCAUUAGCACGUGGCGAUUGGGGUCUGAAGCGGCCGAUUCCGUCAAGGAGUCAUCUGGUACAAGUGAGCGACCCAGUACUGAGGGUUACUCAGCUGGAUACUAUCGAGCAUGUUACGGACUUCGAAUCGGCUGCAGAUCAUGUGCGGACAAGACAAAAGUGGGAAGAAAUGGGAGUGCCAAUGAUCAAGGGCCUGUCGUUGAUGAGAAAUCGCGGCGUGAGCGACGACUUGCUACCGGGAGCUUUUGAGGUUCGGGAUGAUACUACGAGUUACGACACGGAUCUCGGACUGGAUGAGGCUGGACUUUACCUAAAGGCUCUCAAGAAGAGCAUGCCUUCGGAGCGAGUCAAGGCUCAAUGGGACGACUUCAACGCCACCUGGAGAAAGAGGUGGGAAGAAAAGCUCGCGAGUUUCAGGGCUCGUGGAUGGGGCCUUCACCUUUCCGACUUUAAAUCCUUUCAGAAAGAAGCGAGCAGGAAGUCAUCAAACGAUAAGCCUUGGCUAGAGGAAUUCGUAGCCCUUCAGAAAGAGCAUAGGGAUGCAAGGAACGCUCUGAAGCAGCGACUGAAAGCCCCGCAGACUCCAGGAUCAUUGCAGUUUACACCCUUUACCCCGCCACCCGUGGAUCCCGUCGUUCAUAAUACCAGGCGAUGGAAACACGAGGGACCUUGGCUUCCUGGUAUGGGUGCCGAGGACUUCAUCUCUUUUCUUACCAAGAAGCUCGCAGGCCGCAAGAAGGAGUUCAAUGACUACCUAGUCGAGUAUGUCAAGAACGAGAUAUACGCCACUCGUCGACUUGCCGCUUCCAGAUCCGGCGAAUUGGCACCAAUUGACGCCCAAGAAGCCGAAGUCUGGCAAGAGCAACGAGAAAAGGCCUGGCGUCACAUCACAAAACCCGAAAUUGAUGCUGGUAUCAAGGCGCUAAGGCAAGAGACUGCAAAGGACCCACUAAGCAGCAAGCUCGUCAGCAAGUUGAUACUUCCCUUCUUGAAGCUCCCAGCCAUCAGAUUCAAGCACACCGCAUACAAUCCAGACGCUGCCAAGAAUGAAGUCGAUCAGUACCAAUUCGACCAAGAAACCGCGCCCCUCUCCACCCACCCUUCAGCCGGACUCGGCUAUCUUCGUCACAAGUCAUACCUCGCCAAUCACCCCAUCCUCGGUCCCCAAGAAAACCCUGCCCCCAUACCUGCUCGUGUCAUGCAAGCCAGACGCACAGGCACAAAGAACGAGCUCUACGCCCGUCUAGGAGUAGGCGGCUUUGUAGCAAACGACGACCACAGCGGCACAACUUCAUACACUGUUCCCAGGAACUAUGCGGCUGCCAAGGACGUCGAGACAAUUGAUGUGGACACGCCCGGUGGCAGGAAGAUUAUGGUGCAACCCCAGUUUGGUAGCGUCACCAACGACGGGCGCAUACAGAUCAAACUGAAGCGAUCCGUUGGUCAGGAGGUUGCUGUUGGCAGAGGCGAAUUCGACGAGAAGCCGCCAGCAAGACCGUAUGCUGAAAAGGUUUCUUUCAGGAAUUUGGUCGGUGGAGCAAAGAAGAGUGGGAUCAAGGAGUUGGAUGAGCAGAGUGAGCAGGGUCAGCAGUUCAGUGAGUUCCUGGAGAGCACGAAGCCUCAGGGACAUGCGCAGCCACCGAGGGGUUUCCCUGGGAUGGCUGAGGCGUUGCGAGGGGACUAG